AUGGGGUCCCCAGAUCCUGGGGUUCAGCUGACGCCCCUAGCUCAAAAUCAUGAGCCCCAGUCACCGCUCCAGAGCCCCGGAUUCUCAGACCAUGCCUCCGGGACACCAUCUGAUACCCCAUCGGUCCUCCGAAGCCAUUGGCUUUCGGCCUUUGCCGCCGAUGCGGUUAUAUCCCGCCUCCUCAACGACUUUUUCGACAAGAUCCACCCCCUUGCUCCGAUCCUUCUCCGUCGGCGGUUCCUACGUCGUCUCCGCAACCGAGAAGCUGACGGAGACGCCAUGUUCUGCGGGCUAGUCAUAAGCGUGUGCGCAGCGACCAAGGCGACGUUUCCGCGUGGGGAUUACGGGUCUGUGACUGUGGAUUACUGCGUCGAGUUUCUAGAUACCCACGGGUUGCUGAGAAGUCAGUUUGCCCAUGGGACUUUCUGCUUGGAUUGGUGCAUUGCCAUGUACAAUAUGGGCGUGGCUAUGAGUGCAGUGUCCGAGUUGGGGCUGAGCAAUAUGCGGGCCUAUCACGUUUUGAACGAGGCAGCCACAGGGACUCGGUAUCUAGCGUACUACUCCAUGCAUAAACUGGAUGAGGCUGAACAGCAGCUUCUGAGACGGCUAUUCUGGCUACUUUUUGCCGCUUCAUGCAGCGCCGACAUACUGGGCAGGCUAUCUGUGAGCUUGCUUCCUCAAGACAGGAUCGAAAACUUUCCCCGGCCUCUCCCAUUGUCUGAUGACCAGAUGGAGCCAUCGCCACCCUCAGAGCGUCAUGAGCCACGCUGGCACGGAGACUACACGAGCUAUGUCCCAGGACUCAACUCCCUAACCGACUUAUUUUUCAUCUGGUCGGAGGUCCAACAGGUCCGAAAUAACAAUGACCCACCUGCUUUGAUCUCAAAGUAUCUAGGAAAAAUCCAGUCCGUCAUCAAUGGCCUACCACCAGAGCUACGUUGGCGUGGUGGAAUGUCUCGACCGCCCAACGUCACUCAGAGCCACGACGCCCAAACCGCAAAUCUGUUUAUAACAAGUUUCGAGAUUCGAUCAAACAUUCUUCAAAAAUUCGGUCCAACGGAUACGAGUGGUCUAGAACACCAGAAAAUUGUGGAUGACCUCCUUGAGGUUCUGUACCAUCUCCCGCAAGCCGUCUUUGAUGCCAACGGCAGCAGCCUGGUCCCCAAGAUCCGAGACAUUGGCGCUGCAUAUCUUGAGCAAAUUCAGCUGAGAAAUGGUUCAAGCACCGAUGCAAGUGACGAUGCCAGGAACAAGCUCGAGCGACUAUUGCGGAAGCUAGACGAUCUGGACUGCUGGCAGGGGAUUGGUGUGGUAGACAGUCCACCUGUAAGAAAGUAG